UCUAAGGGGGAUAUUUACCUGUUAGUUCUGAAAGGCACUUGGAAAUUCUGGGUCUUAGGAAGAUGGAAGUUACUCCUCAUGAAAGUCAUGGUUUCCCAAACAUGGAAAAUUUGCAGGCUGCAAACAGACACAAGCAGCAGAGCAAAGACGCCCGUGAAAAGCGAGCCGAGAGGCCGAAGCCUCCCACGUUGCGGGCCCCUGAGGCCCCUCGGCGGCCCCCCGCGCCGCCCCCGCGUCCGCGCCUCACCCAGAACGCCUGCUACGAGCAGCCUCCGGUCCCGGCGCGUUGCCAUGGUAACCCGAGUCCGUCUGCCGCUAUCCGGGCGCGCUUGGUGCACUGCUCGGAUCCCGCCGGCUGGAAACGUGAGCCCCGAAGCCAGGUUCCGGGUUCCACCCCCCACCCCCACCCCCCACCCCCACCCCCCACCCCCACCCCCCACCCCCACCCCCCCCCCACCCCCCCACCCCCACCCCCCACCCCCACCCCCCACCCCCACCCCCCCACCCCCACCCCCCACCCCCACCCCCCCACCCCCCCGGCCCGAGCGCAGGUGCAGCCGAGGGAGGAAGGCUUAG